AUGCCUGCUCAACGCACUGCUGCUGCUGCCUCAGAGGAUUUAUCUUCCUCUGUCCCUAUAGACCCUUCCACUCCAGUCUUCUCUCAAACCGAUGUCGAAGCCAUGUUUCAACAUUUUUGGCAGAAUUCCGGUACUCCUCCAUCUACUACUUUAUCUGUCACCGCAGCCUCUCUCGAGUUCUCUGAUGAGCUUACUCCACCGCCCCUACCAGCCUCUCUCGAGAUUGCCUUGCCUACUGGUCUGUCCCAUGCACCUGCUAACUCUGAUGGUCCUGUUCUUGCUCCCUCGGGAUCCUCCCCUCCUGGCUUCAACCAAGAAUAUGGUAUUGACUAUGAGGAGACCUUUGCUCUUGUUGCUUGUCUCACCUCUGUUCGCAGCCUGAUUGCGGUUGCUACCACCCGACACUGGGAUCUUUAUCAAAUGGACGUGAAAAAUGCUUUCCUUAAUGGUGUUCUUCUUGAGGAGUUUCAACAACAGAGUUCUCUUUCAAUAUCACUCUCUCAACUCUCUCUCAACUUAUUUUACAAACAGAGCAGCAAGCCAUAUGUGUUCGAGGACCACCAUUUCACUAUCGAAACCGAGACUCAGCGCGGUAGAGUUCGGCUUCUACCCAAGUUCACCGAGAGGUCAAAGCUUCUUCGCGGCAUUGAGAAUUAUCGCUUAGCGAUUCUUGAAACUGAACCUCAAACCUUCGUAGUACCAAAUCACCGGGAUGCCGAUGGCAUAUUCUUUGUUACACGAGGAGAAGGAAGUAUAAGUCUGGUUCAUCAAGAUAGGAGGGAGAGCUUCAAUCUUCGAUGUGGCGAUAUCUUGAGAAUUCCGGAGGGGACUACUGUGUAUUUGAUCAAUAAAUCUAACAAUGAGAAACUUGUCAUCAUGACACUCCUUCAGCCUGUAUCCAUUCCUGGUCAUUUUGAGGCAUUUUUUGGGCCAGGAGGGGAAAAUCCAGAGUCGUAUUUCAGCGCAUUCAGCUCUAGCCUUCUUGAAGCCGCUCUGAACACAAAGAGGGAUAAGAUUCAGAGGCUAUUUGGACAGAGGGAGGGCAUAAUCAUCAAAGCAUCUGAAGAACAGAUUAAAGCCAUGACACACCAUGAGGAAGGUGGUGGCAUAUAGCCAUUUGGCGGCGAAUCUAAACACACAUGUAAUCUGUUUAGCAAGCACCGUUCCCAAUCAAAUCAGUAUGGACAAUUGUACCAGGUCGAUCCUGAUGAGUUCAGGGAUCUACGUGAACUCAAUUUGGCUAUUGGUUUCGCCAAUUUUACCGGGGGAUCAAUGACAGCUCCAUACUACAACUCAAGGGCCACAAAGAUAGCUGUGGUGGCUAAUGGGGAAGGAUACUUUGAGAUGGCAUGUCCUCACUUGUCCUCUUCGGAGUUCGGUGGCAGCAGCAGCAGCAGCAGAGGAUCGCACCCGCAGCAACGCAGGAGCAGUGGCCCAAACUACCAGAAAGUGAGCGGCCGCCUGAGCCGUGGUGUGGUGUUUAUCAUUCCCCCCGGUCACCCAGUUAUCACCGUCGCUUCCAAGAAUCAAAAUCUGCAAAUUGUCUGCUUCGACGUCAAUGCUCUGAACAAUGAGAAAUUCCCUCUUGCAGGAAGGAGGAACAUAAUCAAUCAGUUAUCGCCAGAGGCUAAAGAGUUGGCAUUUAAUGCGGCGGCAAGAGAAGUGGAUGAAGUGUUCAAAAAUCAGGAGGACGAGUUCUUCUUCGAGGGGCCUCGCCAACAACACGAACGCGAACGCGAACACGAGUACGAGGAGGGUUGUGCUUAUGCUUAAAGCCUUGGACACAGAGGAAGUUAGUCAGAGGUAGAGGAAGAGCUUUGAGGAGGGGUUGUGAGCUAUAGCUCCUACUCUUUAUAUAUAUAUGGUUUUUUUUGUUUGUUUUUGUUAUAUAUACAUAUGGUUUUGUUGUGAUUACUACUGAGUGGUGAGUUUUUACUGUUUUAUGCAAGUAAAUGUAAAUGUUAUGUAAACAAGCUCUCAACAUAUUAUCAUAAAUAAAAAUGCAGAGCUACUCCUUGCUAGUA